AUGUAUAAAGUUAAAAUAGCAGAGUUUUCUCGAACUCCCGAGGACUUUUUAAAGAAGUAUGAUGAGCUGAAGUCUAAAAACACAAGACAUCUAGAUUCCUUGGUGUAUCUACUGUCAAAGCUCACAGAAGACAAGGAGACACUUCAGUAUUUGCAACAAAAUGCCAAAGAAAGGGCAGAACUCGCAGCGAACGCGGCAGCCAGUGGCAGCGCCAGUUUUUCCAUUCCCUCAUCCGCUUCCAAGAUAUCUCUGCAGGAGCUGGAGGAGCUGCGCAAGCAGCUGGGCAGCGUCACGGCCAGCUCCAGCGUGCAGCAGCCUCUUGAGGUUACACGAAAAAUGCUCCGAGAUAAGCAAAACAAGAAGAAUUCUGGGCAGCCCAUCCCAAUAUUUCCAUCCUGGGUGUAUGAAAGACCGGCACUUAUUGGUGAUUUCUUAAUAGGCACCAGUUUAAGCACUGACACAACAGUACCUAUAGGCACUUUGCCACUAGCCUCCCAAGAAUCCGUGAUUGUGGAGGACCUGUUGUAUGUUUUGAUUGGCGUGGAUGGAAGAUACAUCACAGCACAGCCUCUCAUAGGCAGGCAGAACCGAGCAUUUUUAGUCGACCCGAACUUGGACUUGUCCAUCAAAGAGCUGGUGACCAGGAUUCUUCCUGUGGCAGCAAGUUACUCUGCGGUCACCAGGUUUAUAGAGGAAAAGUCUUCCUUUGAAUAUGGCCAGGUAAAUCAUGCUUUGGCUGCAGCUAUGCGGACCCUAACAAAGGAAUACAUGAUACUUAUUACCCAGCUGGAACAUCUCCAGAGACAAGGACUUCUGUCGCUGCAGAAGCUCUGGUUUUAUAUCCAGCCCACAAUGAGGACUUUAGAAAUUCUUGCCUCGCUUGCCACCUCUGUGGAUAAAGGUGAGUGUAUGGGAGGAUCAACCCUGAGCUUACUCCAUGACAAGACUUUCAAUUACACUGGAGACAGCCAGGCCCAGGAGCUGUGUCUGUAUUUAACGAAGGCAGCCAGCGUGCCUUAUUUUGAAAUUUUGGAGAAGUGGAUAUAUCGAGGCAUCAUUAAUGAUCCGUACAGUGAGUUCAUGGUGGAAGAACAUGAGUUGCAGAAGGAGAAGAUCCAGGAGGACUAUAAUGACAAGUACUGGGAUCAAAGAUAUACUGUUGUUCAGCAGCAGAUUCCCUCAUUCUUGCAGAAGAUGGCUGACAAAAUCCUAAGCACAGGGAAAUAUUUAAAUGUUGUGCGAGAAUGUGGACGUGAUGUUACCUGCCCUGUGGCUAAAGAGGUCAUCUAUACUUUAAAAGAGAGAGCAUAUGUGGAACAAAUAGAAAAAGCAUAUAACUAUGCUAGCAAAGUUCUCCUUGAUUUCCUAAUGGAGGAGAAGGAAUUGGUAGCUCACUUAAGAUCUAUAAAGCACUAUUUCCUGAUGGAUCAAGGGGACUUUUUUGUUCACUUCAUGGAUCUCACAGAAGAGGAACUUAAGAAGCCCGUAGACGACAUCAUAACCACCAGGCUAGAGGCUUUGCUUGAAUUAGCCCUGCGAAUGAGCACGGCCAACACGGAUCCUUUCAAGGAUGAUUUAAAGAUUGACCUGAUGCCCCACGACCUCAUCACACAGCUGCUGCGCGUGCUGGCCAUCGAGACCAAGCAGGAGAAGGCCCUCAUCAGCGCGGACCCCACGGAGCUCACGCUCAGCGGCCUCGAAGCCUUCUCCUUCGACUACAUCGUUAAGUGGCCUCUGUCUCUCAUUAUAAACAGGAAAGCACUAACAAGAUACCAGAUGCUUUUCAGACACAUGUUCUACUGCAAACAUGUGGAAAGGCAGUUGUGCAAUGUGUGGAUCAGCAAUAAGACUGCCAAGCAAUUCUCCCUGCAUUCAGCUAAGUGGUUUGCUGGGGCCUUCACGCUGCGGCAGCGGAUGCUGAAUUUUGUCCAGAACAUCCAGUAUUACAUGAUGUUCGAAGUGAUGGAGCCAACGUGGCACAUUCUUGAGAAGAACCUGAAAUUGGCUUCUAAUAUUGACGACGUCUUGAGCCACCACACGAGCUUCCUGGAUAACUGCCUCAAGGACUGCAUGCUGACCAACCCGGAGCUGCUGAAGAUCUUUUCCAAGCUCAUGUCCGUCUGCGUCAUGUUCACAAACUGCAUGCAGAGGUUCACGCAGAGCAUGAAGCUGGACAACGAGAUGGACCGACUCACCUUAGAGCACGGCACGAUGCUGGGUCCGCCAACAGAGGAGGAGCGGGCCGAAGAGGCUGCCAAGAAGAAGCUGACUAACAAGCUUUUAGCAGAGCAUGCCGACAGCCUGCACCUGACCUCUGGCUUUGAGGCGACGGUCAACAAGUUCGACAGCAAUUUCUCAACACAUCUCCUGGACCUGCUGGACAAACUGAGUGUUUACAGCACCAAUGACUGUGAGCACAGCAUGCUCAACAUCAUCUACAGGUUGGACUUCAAUGGAUUCUACACAGAGCGUUUGGAGCACAUGUCUGCCGAGCGAAGCCAGAAGGCAGCUCCCCUGCUUCCCCACGUGGUUGUGCCUGCCCAGUAGAGCC